AUGUUAAUUUGGCCUCUCAUUUUUAAUCAGCAUAUAUUUCUCUUUAACUCACUUUUCAUUCCAAUAAAAUGAGCAUUAAGAAGAUUCCAUGUUUCGAAUUAUUUAAUAGCUAUGUAUAAACCAAAGCAUACAAGAAGCAGUCUAUCUAAAAUUAGAUCACUCAGUCGAUCAAAACCCAAAAUAACUCAAGAAAAAGAAUCAAUGAUAUUUGAUUCAACUGACUCUAGUUGGAAACCAACGGUGCCUAAACCAUUUGAAUUCAGAUGUGAUAGUCAGCAACGAUCAAAAUCCACAAUUCGGCAAGAGCAAGGAUCAAAAGAGUUUGAUAUUCAAUAUUCUAUAGCUGCUUUAAUCCCAGUUGAGAGAAUUUAUAUUAGAAAGCUAAUAGAAGGAGACUUUAAAGAAUCAAAGCGAAAACAAAAUCCAAAGGGAUUUGUUACACAUUCUGAGUUUUCACCUUUGAAAACUUCGGGGCAUAAAGAAAAGUUUGAAUCUUUAACAGCUCGGGAUUUUCUUGAUGCAAUGUUUGAUCAUAACAAAUCAUUGAAGAAAACCUCGCCAGUUAGAUCUUCUAACUCUGGAUAACUUAUUAAGAGAUUUUUAGUAUUGAAUUAUUUGUAAUUAAUUAAAUGAAAUAUUCCUAGGUUUUUAAAAAAAAUCUAAAAAUGAAUAAAAAGAAACCGAAUUUAAUGGCUUAUCGAACUUUUUAUUUUUUUCAAAAGAAAUAAAUGUUUAUUUGCAGCGGUAAGUUUUUAAAUAAUAACAUUUCUUUUAAAUAUAUAAAAUAUAUCCAUUCUUAAUAUGGCGAGUAAGAAUUUAAUUGCCAAAGCAAAACUAAGGCCUUCAGUAAGUACUUUGAAAUUAUGCUAA